GGGGCAAAAACAGACAGAGACACAGCAGAAGGCUGGAGUCAUCAGCGGGCCGACGGGAGGGGAGCGCAUGGGUCCUGCACGCAAAGCAGAAAAGCGCUGAAGCUGAGAUUUACUUUGGUUCCGAUCCCUGCAGCCAACGGCGGGCGAGAGGAGGGGUGUGCGUGUUUGACAGCCAAAAGAACUACGGAACAUUCAACUCAGAAAGAGAUUUUGUGGUUAAUCGCGUUGGUCCCGUGGUGUUUUUUUUUUUCGUCUUCUUCAACUGUUGAUGGUGAGAUGAAACCAAGACCCUCGGCGCGCCUGGCACUUAGGGUAUCCACAGAGGGGGACGCACAGCGUAUCACCGCCGAGACGCGCCGAGAGAGGAGGAGAAAUAUCAGCUUGGAGUUCUGCAAAUGGAUAUAAAAUGUCACACAUUUCCAGAGACACGUCAGUGGUGAUUGUCAGUCAUUUUCAUCUUCUCGACUAAUGCGGCUGAUUGGCCGCGCUUUCCUCCUGUGCGCAGAAACUCCAGCGUGCUGCGGUUUUUGUUGGUUUUGCGCUUUUUGGAGGGGAUGCUCCCUGGCUCAGUCUGGCUUUCUCCGCGCGCAUGAAGCUCCUGUGCAGGAUGUUACAGUCUAAGCGGCCCAGGCAUCAUUGGGCCACCGUGCAUUACCACCACCACAUAUCGCCACAUAGCCGGGGGUCCUGCUCUGUCUAGGAAUUACCCGCCGACCAGCCUCUGCUCUCGUCGGGGGGGAGCGAACGGAAUCAUAUCUGAGUUUCUCGGUGAACAUUGACAUUGGCUUUGCGAGUCUUACCUCUGGGUUACUAUGCAAUUACAACUGAUCUCCUUUCUUUUGAUCAUCUUGCAUUUCAUGGAUUACACUGGUUGUCAGCAGCACAGCAGCUCCAGGCACCGGCAACAUAAACUGAUGUCGGGCGGGAGCUCGGGGUGCCAGCAGGGCGGCUGUCUGACCUGCUCCGACUACAACGGCUGCCUGUCCUGCAGGCCGCGCUUCUUCAUGCACUUGGAGCGGAUCGGGAUGAAGCAGAUCGGCGUGUGCCUGACCUCGUGUCCCCUGGGCUUCUACGGCACGCGCUCGCCGGAGCGAAACACCUGCACCAAGUGCCGGUUGGAGUGCGACUCCUGCUUCAACAAGAACUUCUGCACGCGCUGCCGCUCGGGCUUCUACCUGCACCUGGGCCGGUGCCUGGAGAGCUGCCCCGAGGGGCUGGUCCGCAGCGACGCGCAGAGGGAGUGCGUGCCCAGCUGCCCCGCGGAAUGCGAGUCGUGCGCGAACAGCGAAACGUGCGCGCAGUGCCGGCCGGGCCUGUACCAGCUCAGCGGGAGGUGCCACCACGUGUGCCCAGACGACUAUGAGCCCAGCGACAAGCUCAUGGAGUGCGUAGCACAAGUGCACUGUGAGGUGGGGGAGUGGGGCGAGUGGAGCCCCUGCUCUCGGUCCGGCAGAACCUGCGGCUUCAAGCGGGGCCAGGAGAUCCGCACGCGACAGGUCCUCCAGUACCCGUCGCCCUUCGGCAAACCCUGCCCCGAGAUCUCGGAGGUCAAGGAGUGCCUGGUGAAAAGGCGGAAGUGUCCAGGACGAAAAAAGAUCGAGCGAAAAGAACGGAGAAAUCGCAACAACCGCAAGGAUAAGGAGAACCCAGAGGGUCGAAGGGAGAGGAAGAGGGAGAGGGAGCGAGAGAGGGACGCGGGUGAACGCGACGACCCUGACAACACGAACAAAACAGAGCACAGGCAGCGCAGAGGCCAUGAAACAGAACCCGUGUCUACUGAUGACGGCCUUGUACAGUAGUGCUCCAGCGCCUCCCCGGGCUCCUUCCUCCUCUAAAAUGCCCCUCCUCACCCACCGUUCGCCCCCUUCGACCCCUGUCCGCAGGGGUGUUGCUGCUACAGUACCUGUAUGAUUUGAAUAUACUGUUUGUGCACAAAUGGGAUGGGGCACAUUCAGCCUCAAGACUUCGGCCCCCGCGGCCCCUCAGACGCUUUGGUUUUCAGCCCCAGAGCCUCUGCUACUUCAAUUCCUGCAACUGCUGUUGCACCUGAACAGCAAAGAGAAGUGGCUGCGUGGAGGAGCGUCAGGCCGACGGACCUGCAGGCAAAGACAUUACCCUUCGUGCUUGUUGACACGGUUAUUUAACAGGGCCCCGCUCGGUACAGCAUUGUGCGUCUUGUUGUUUGAAUGUAGAAUUUGCAACAUUAUGUAGAACAGUUGUUUAUUAUUGUUGUCUCUGUUCUUUAGAUCUCUUUAUUUUAUUUGGUGCAAAAUCUGUAAAAAAAAAAAUCUAAAAUGAGUUUGCUCUCGUCAUCUUGUGAUAUCUGACUACAGACUGACUGACUGAGAGAAGCUAAUAAGGAGAACCUGCACGCUGUCAAUCAAAGGAGUUACAACAGCAUAUGUUCUGUAUGUCCUGGACAAAAGCUUUAUCUGCAUGAAGUGAGAAACCACAUCGACCGGAAUCAGUCCUCGCAGUAAAGCUCCAAAGGAACCAAAGGCACCUGUAUGUCAAAUAAAACUAUAAUGGAUUUGUAACUGCGUCUGUCAUGCAUUAAUCAAAUGAAACCACUCGCAACAAUUUAUAAGCUGCUAUUUAUUGUCCAAAGGUCGCCACGAUCUUAUCUGGGUGCAAAGUGUAGCAGCUGUAAUAUGUGUAAUAUGCAAACCAGUGUAACAACUUCUAGAUCGAUCUUAAGAAUAUAUGUUUUCAAUUGAACGAGCUCACGUGGACAAUCUGAAUCAUUAAUGCCAAGUUGUCCAGCUGUACCACCACUAAAGCAGACUAUUUCAUAAAUGAUAAUUGAGUAACGAUCACUUUGAUUUCUAUCGGCCUGACCGUGGUUCCAAGUAUUCAGUCUCAGAUUCAUCUGUACGCUGUCAAAUGGAAUUAUUUUUGUAUGACGAAAGAAAAUUAAAUAAAACACAUUUUUAAAGCUGAACUGUUUAUUAAGGGAGUGCUAAUGUUGCUCACCAGUAACAUCUUCUUGCAUCAACAGGUGUUACAGUAUUUCCUCCUAAUGCAAACAGCAGUUAAAUCCACAAUGGACUGUACAUGAAAAUAUGAUCUUUGAAAUUUGACAUUUUCAAAAUAUAGAUAGGAGUCACAGUACAGUAUCUACACAGACUUAUAAGUGCAAAAAUAGGCCAUGUUUGAAGAGGGGAGACCUCGAAACAUUAGCGAUCAAGGCCAAAAAUCAAGAUGUCUGAAAAUGACCCUACUGCUCGAAAAAAAGCGAGAGGAAA